AUGGGGUUGACAGUAUUAUUGCUAUUUUCUCUUCUCGCCUCCUUACCUGUCCUCGCCGCUGUCGAGUUGGGCGCUCUUCAUGGUGAUGAUGCUUUUGAUGCCGGUAGCUAUGGGUCUUAUCCAAUCCGUACCUACAUGUCAACCGAUGUCGUUUCCCCGCGUUUGAAUAUUUUGCGAUCGAGCUCAUUAUGCCGGAAUGAUUUGUAUUGGGUAUUUAGUCCUCGCGGGACUUCUGUCAGUGAACCGGGUGCAAUGAUUUUGGAUUCGGCUGGAAAUUUAAUCUGGACCAAGGGAGGUUAUGAUCAAGUCUACAAUCUUCAGGUACAGGUAUACAUGGGAGAAAAGUAUUUGACCUUCUGGGCUGGAACAGAUGCUGUGCAGGGACAUGGAGCAGGAUCUUAUUAUAUGCUCAACAAAAACUACAAGGAGGUUCACCACGUCGUUGCAGCAAACGGUCUCGCAGGCGAUCUACACGACUUCACCAUCACCGAAAAUGGUACAGCCUUGAUCACCAUUUACGAUGUCGUUGUAGCCGAUUUAUCAUAUGUUGGAAUUCCUCAAGGAUAUGUUUGGGAUUGUGUUAUACAGGAAAUUGAUCUGGCUUCCGGGGAGCUUCUUUUUCAAUGGAGAGCGGCAGAUCAUUAUCCCAUCUCUGAUACACAUAGGGAAAUGCCAGCGGGGAAUGGAGGAGUAAACUCUGCUUUCGACUUCUUUCACAUAAACAGUAUCGAUAAGGAUUCCAAAGGCAAUUAUCUUAUUUCCAGCAGAUAUUUACAUUCUCUCACCUACAUAAAUGGGACAAAUGGUGAUAUCAUCUGGAUUCUAGGAGGCAAGAAAAACAUGUUCACGGAUCUUUCGGGUGGUCUAGCGACCAAUUUCGCAUAUCAACAUGAUGCUCGCUGGCGUCACAAUCGCACCGCCAUUUCCCUAUUCGACAACGCAGGAGAUGAUGCUCAUCCCGGAAAUGCUACUCGUGGGCUCCUCGUCUCCCUCGAUGAGGUUAACAUGACGGUAGAAGUCAUUCGUGAAUACAUGAACCCCAACGGUGUCUACGCUAUCUCGCAAGGGAAUUUUCAAAUUCUGGAAGAUGGCCACGUAAUCAUGGGUUAUGGAAACACAGGUGCAUUCACUGAAUACGAUCCUAAUGGAACCGCGAUCUGUGACGUACACUUCGGACCACAAAGUCGUUAUGGCGCUGGAGAAGUCCAAUCAUAUCGAACCUUUAAAUUCGAUUGGCAUGGAUGGCCUACAACUGACCCUGACGUGCGAAUAUUGACUAAUGGGGACGACUGGUUGAGCUUCUUUGUGAGUUGGAAUGGAGCAACGGAAGUCACGAGAUGGUUAUUACAAGGAGCCGAUGAGUCUGAAGCGGAAGAGGAAGAGUGGAAGACUUUAGAUUAUGCCGACAAAACUACUUUUGAGACGGAGUUCGAAAUUCAUCGUCUGUAUCCAAGAUACUUGAGAGUGAAGGGAAUAGGAGCUUACAAUAACGUCACGGGGGAGGAAGAGUUAUUGGGGACUUCAAGUAUCUUUAAUGCUAACACGGGUACGCAGAUUUGGUCAUUGAAGCCAGUGAGAUUAGAGGGGUCCAGUAGUUGGCCAUUGCUCACAUUAAUGGCGUCUGCGGGGGUGAUCGGGCUAGUGGUGGGAACCAGAGAAGCGAUGAUUUGGAGGAGAAACAAAAGGGGAGCUAGUUUAUUGAGGUGGAGGCCUCGAGGUUUGGGAGUUCCAUUGUUAUAUGGGUAG